AAAAUAAGUUUGCUGUGAUUUUUUUGCCUUGUACCAGAUGAUUGAACUCACUGUAAAGUCCCUACUUGGCGGCAUUCUCUUUGCAACAUCUUCUAUUGGACUACUUUUAAAUUUACUUGUGGUUUCACCAGUAUUUCAAUUAGCUUUUGCUAAAGACAAAAGUUCAAUUUAUGUGAUAUCCUCGGUGAAUAUAAUUAACGAUAUUUUACAUCUGCUUAUCACGACCUUUUAUUUGGCGCCUACUAUAAUUUUGAACAGCUUUAUAUUUUCUGACGAGCGAAAUGGUAAUCUAACAGUGUUUAUUUCAUUCAUUUUCAUGGUAUUGUGGUACAUUGGAAAUAUAACACAAAUAGUUAUGGCAGUGAACAGAUGGGCGGUAAUUUGCAUUCUCAGAUCUUCUAUGUUCACAAAGCGGAACUUGAUUAUAUGUUUCAGCUUUACACUAGUUUUCGCUGUUGCUAAAAGUUACAUUGUUCAAUAUGUCUUUCCAUGCUGCUCAUUUCUUGUGGAUCAAACUGUUCUCUCAUAUUCAUAUUUUCAAAUUGAAAAUAUUACAAAUUACACUGAUCACAGCGAUAUUCCAUUAAAUGCCUUGAGCUCAAUUGUUCCUGUUAUCUGCUACUCAUGGAUUUUCUACACAAUCCGAAGUGCUCAUAAAUCGAUUACUCCUAAUAUGGCACCAGAACAUCAAAAGCGGCAGGGUCGCCAAGAGUUAUCGUAUGCAAUGCAGUUCUGUUUGAUUUCCAUGUUCUAUACGUUUUCCUGGAUUAUGUUCAGAGUUUUUCCAAUUAUUUUUGUUGGACGACAUAUUGAGUGGUUUAUUUUAACUUCAAUGUGUCAUGUAUUCAAUUGUAGUGCCAACGCGUUUGUAUAUAUUUUGUUUAAUCAAGAAAUUCGGAAAAUCUUAGCUAUGCACAAGUUUCUACGCAUUUCUGGAAUUGCAACAACUGAUUACACCCAUUCUCAUGAGAAUAUGUCUAAAGUCAAAACUAUAACAAUUCCGAGCUCAAGACAAGCGCAUUGAUUUAAUUUAGAUG